AUGAGGAUUGUUACUGCAAUUGCUGAUUAUGAAGGUGAUGCUAAUGAAGGUGAUGCUAAUGAAGGUGAUGCUAAUGAAGGUGAUGCUAAUGAAGGUGAUGCUAACGAAGGUGAUGCUAACGAAGGUGAUGCUAACGAAGGUGAUCCUAACGAGGGUGAUGCUAACGAAGGUGAUGCUAACGAAGGUGAUGCUAACGAAGGUGAUGCUAACGAAGGUGAUGUUAGUGAAGGUGAUGCUAAUGAAGGUGAUGCUAAUGAAGGUGAUGCUAAUGAAGGUGAUGCUAAUGAAGGUGAUGCUAGUGAAGGUGAUGCUAAUGAAGGUGAUGCUAAUGAAGGUGAUGCUAACGAAGGUGAUGCUAAUGAAGGUGAUGCUAGUGAAGGUGAUGCUAGUGAAGGUGAUGCUAAUGAAGGUGAUGCUAAUGAAGGUGAUGCUAAUGAAGGUGAUGCUAAUGAAGGUGAUGCUAACGAAGGUGAUGCUAACGAAGGUGAUGCUAACGAAGGUGAUGCUAAUGAAGGUGAUGCUAAUGAAGGUGAUGUGAUGUGA